UUUACCUAAAGAAUUCUUGUUAUUUUACAGGGGCCAGUCCCGGCUGUUUGAGGGCCCUGUCUAUGAAGUUUAAGACAACACAUGUUCCCCCCGGGGACACCCUGGUUCACCGUGGCGACGUACUGACGGCUCUCUACUUCGUGUCCAGGGGCUCCAUAGAAAUCCUCAGGGAUGACAUCGUUGUUGCUAUUUUAGGUAAAGAUGACAUAUUUGGUGAGAACCUCUGUCGUUACGAGACGGUCGGUAAGUCCAGCUGUAAUGUCCGAGCUUUGACCUACUGUGACCUUCAUAAGAUUCACCGUGACGACCUACUAGAAAUCCUGGACAUGUACCCAGAAUUCACCGAACACUUCGUCAGGAAUCUAGAAGUCACCUUUGACCUCCGUGAUGUUGAUUUGGAUCAAUGGCGAGAGGAAACUGACAUGGGAAGGGGGAAUGCACUGAGAAGGAGGAAAAAUAUACGAUCUUACCACUCUGAUACGGGGAGUGCAGGUCAAGACGACGUUUCACACGAAUAUAAAUUCCAACCAUCGAGAUCGCGGCGUCUUCGUCGUGAUAAACUCAGUGAAGACGGGCCGACAGUCUCCAUGUCCUUUGAGGAUUCUUCUGAUGAGGAGAUCCGAGAAAGUGGGGCAGGGAUCCUGGAAUUUUCCCCAGCCAAGGCGGGGAUGGAUGUCACACCUGCGACAUUUUCCGAGUUUAAUAGGAAAGAGGACAGGAAACAGACUUCUGGUUUCUCCUCUAUCGCAGGCGCGUUUGCCAAUGUCAAUAACCUUGUCAGUGCUGUGACAGGUCGCUGUGACAGCGGGAAGUCUAGUGAACCGGAUAUGACCCCUCUACUGGAGGAACACAAAGCUCAGCCAAAAAGACAAUCGAGUUCCAGUGUGCCAAAGUCUACGUCCUCCAUGACGAUUCCUGUCUCAACCCCUUCCCCGUUAUCAGAUGACCUCCGUCACUCUGGGGAGAAUGGGACCCUCAUUCCACGACCGUCUUUCAGUCACUAUGAGCAAUCCCAGCACUCCCAGGAAAUGGAGAGAAGAAUGGAAGAUCUGGCUAGACAACUGACGAGGUUGGAGAACAAAAUGAACUCGGACAUGGCCAUGAUUCUCCACAUCCUACAGUCCCAGAAUGGGGAGCGUGGUUACCAUGGUGAUGGCACCACCACCCCUCUGUCUGACAACCCGCCCCCUAACUACAGCCACGUGAACAGUCCCUCUGAAUCAGAGGAAACGUUUACACACGGGGCCAUGUUCCAAAGACAAGAAAGAGUGAUACAUGAGGAGUCUCCAUGGGAACGACGAUUAGAGGACGUGUACGUGUCCCCAGUGUCUGGUCACGAGGCUUCCAUAGCAACAUCUACAGAAACACCUGAAUCAACCAAUCAGAAAACAGGACACAAACAAAAUCUUCCCACAGCUGAAAAAUACCAAAAUGUCUACCCUCCUAUGGAAGGGAGAGCACCACUAGUGGAGGAAGAGAUUUCUCUCCUAGGACCAGAGUUAUCUGCCCCUGUAGUGGAGGAAGAGUUAUCCUCCCUGGCACAGGAGAGGGCAGAACGAGACAGACUGGGGAUAGUUCUUAGUGACAGCUGUGAAGGUGACAUGGCAGGGUCAGUAGUUAAAGGGUCAGAGGACAAAAAUGUAGACCCUGGAAAGACUAAGGGGGGUGACAUGCGAGAGGGGGAAUCCGUUAGCAGAAGGACGGACACAUCUGGUGGGGAUUACCUGUAUUCUGACUUCUCGCCACAAACCAGAAGGAGGCUAGGAAUUCCCUUAGACAUAGACCCCAAGCAGACAUUUGUAUAAAUAUAACUAUGAAUUUUUCCUAACAUUUAGUGGCCAAAAGAAACAAACCAAGUACUUAUUGUCCGUUGUUUGGAUAAAUGUCUCCAGAAAAGUGAGGUGCAGUGCAGAAGGAUGAGAAUGAGUGAAUCUGAUGGGAAAUUUUACUUUGUAAAAGUGUUGCCCAGUUCAAGGCUGUGAUUGAGAUGUUACUAUUUGGGUGCAAAUCUUGUGAUAAUCAUAUGUUUGAGAAUGAAAAUGUGUGUAGAAGUUUGUGUGCAGUUGUACAAAACACAGGAAUCAAUUUUUGAGCCAGGAUAAAAGAUAGGAUGUGGUUUUUGUAAACACUAAGUGUGGUCAUUUUUAUGAAAUUGACUUCUGUGUUGUUAAGUUCACUAAACUUCAGAGAGCCUUUAAGGAAAAUCUGACUUUUGACCUCUAAGUAAGACCUGACCUUUACUGUACGUAAAGCAAGGAUACUCCUUAUUUAUAUGUCCUAAUAUCUGGUCUAAACUUUAAAAAAAAAAACCAACAGGGCCACAGAUACAUGUAAUUGAGUACCCCAAAUAUAAAUCAUACUUCUCCAGUUAAUUGAGUGCCCCAAUGUAAAGCUGAACUGUCAAUACCCGAUUGUAAAGCUGAUACAAUUUUUUUUCCAAUGAGGAUUCACAGAUUUCCUAGGCCUGGUUCAGUUAGCUGGAAGUGCAAAACAGCCUAAAAUACCACAUUCAGGAAUGUUAAGAAAUGAAAAUAUAACUUAACUGUGUACGGGAGAAAAUAGAAUUGAAAAAAAAAAAAAAUGAAAGAAUGAAUGUUUAGAUUUUAUAUUUACGUUUUAGAUGAAAAUAUAAAAACACUGUGUGCUAUGAAGCAUUGAUAUUGAAUGAAUGUGUGGAUUUUACUUCCUUUUAUAAUGUAUGUUAAUGUUGACACUGAUCUUUAGACUGUGAUGAUUAUUAUUGCAAUCAUUCUACAUGUAGAUGUACAGUUAACUUUUUGAUUUGAAAAUGUUUGCAAAACCAUUAUGAUUUCAGAGUAGUGCUGCAAGUUUAGAGAGAAUAUGUGAAAAUUUUGAUGUUCCUAAAUACAGAACCCCCAAGUCAUUCCCCUAAUGAUAAUUUGUAUAUGAUGUACUUAAUAUGUAACCUAUAUAUAUCUAGUAAUCAGUUAGAAAUAUACUAAAAAGUGUUAA